AUGUGGCCCGAACUUGUCGUGGGAGCCGCGUUCGUGUGUGCUGUGACCCGGGGUGACAAUUUUCCCUCGCUUCUGACAACCAACGCCACUUUAGCUGUGAUUAUCGAUAGAGAGUAUCUGGGGAGCGAAUAUUCACCCAUAAAACACGCAAUCGAGUCGUAUUUGGUCUUCGCUAAAAGAGAAAUUUUGAAGCAUGGGGGUGUCAACAUCCAGUAUUACUCUUGGACUAGUAUCAGCUUGAAAAAGGAUAUUAUGGCUAUUUUGAGUGUGGCUUCUUGCUCGGACACGUGGCGACUUUUUCGGGCAGCAGAAGAUCAACAUCUACUACAUAUGGCCAUUUCUGAAACAGAUUGUCCAAGGUUACCACCAGACAAAGCCAUCACAGUACCCUUAAUAACCAAAGGUGAGGAGUUACCACAACUCUUGUUAGAUCUCAGAACCACAAAAAUCUACAACUGGAAGUCAGCAGUUGUGGUGUAUGACGACACCCUCAGUAGGGACUUAGCGACUCGUGUUGUCAAAUCCCUGACAACCGACUCUUCAAACCUGAGAGUCAAUACAGCUGCAUUGUCACUUCUUAAACUCGAAACUAGAAGAACUCCCAUGAACGUGAUACGGGCGUCCAUAAAAGAUAUACUUUCCUCAGUGUCCAUCAAAACCGUGGGUAGAAAUUUUCUAGCGAUUGUAGCUUUCGAAAUUGUGGAACUAAUAAUGGAAUAUGCGAAGUCUUUGAAGCUCGCGGAUACGAAAAAUCAGUGGCUGUACGUCAUUUCGAAUACUAAUUUUAAAUAUAAGGAUAUAAAGAGGUUUAAGCAGUUGCUGUCUGAAGGUGACAAUGUGUCCUUCUUGUAUAACAACACGGUGAAGAGUAGUACUUGUACUGGUGGCUUGCAAUGUCACUGCGAGGAAAUCCUCUCCGGCUUCACCCGCGCCCUCGACGAAGCCAUCGUCCUCGAAUUCGAAACCUCCAGCCAAGUGUCCGACGAAGAAUGGGAGGCAAUCAGACCCUCCAAACUCGACAGACGAACCUCCCUCCUCCAAAGCAUCAAAACCUACUUAUUACAGUACGGCGAAUGCGACAACUGCACCUCCUGGUUGAUGAAGGCCGGGGACACCUGGGGCCGAGAGUACCAGCAAAACGCUUCCUCUUCCGAUUCGAGCGCCGAACUCAUGUCCGUGGGUAAAUGGCGACCCAGCGAUGGUCCCUCCAUGUCCAACGAGCUCUUCCCGCACGUCGCCCAUGGGUUUAGGCGCCGAAACUUGCCUCUGGUUUCCUUCCACAACCCGCCUUGGCAGAUCAUCAAAACCAACGAAUCCGGCGCUAUCGUGGAAUACACCGGCUUGAUUUUCGACGUUGUUAAAGAACUGGCUAAUACUCUGAACUUUACGUAUACGGUGGAUGUGGUGAAGUUUGGCCGAGAUUCUGAUAAUAAUUCCUCUAAUUCUAUCAGGGAGUGGUCGACGGAGGUUGCUACCGCUGAGACCAAUUUUAUUCCAGAGUUGAUUAUCGAGAUGGUUAAAAAUAAAACGGUGGCCUUUGGGGCCUGUGCGUUUACCAUUACUGAUAAGAGUAAGAGAGAUGUUAAUUUUACUAAGGCGAUUAGUGUUCAAAGUUAUACGUUUCUGGUAUCAAGGCCGAGGGAAUUGAGUCGAGCCUUGUUGUUUAUGUCACCGUUUACGGGAGAUACAUGGCUGUGCCUCUCCGCCGCCAUAAUCUCCAUGGGCCCCAUCCUCUACUACAUCCACCGCUUCAGCCCCGUCUACGACUACAAAGGCAUAAGCAAAAAAGGCGGCUUAUCAUCCAUCGAAAACUGCAUAUGGUACAUGUAUGGGGCCCUCCUACAACAAGGUGGAAUGCAUCUUCCUCAGUCGGACAGCGCGAGAAUCAUCGUCGGCUCUUGGUGGUUGGUAGUACUGGUGGUGGCAACCACCUACUGUGGAAAUUUAGUAGCCUUUCUGACUUUUCCGAAAGUCGACAUACCCAUAACCACCAUAGAUGAGUUGCUGGGACACAGGGAUACCGUGACUUGGAGCCUGACGAAAGGGAGCUAUUUGGAGACUAAUUUGAAAUAUGCUACGGAGCCGAAAUAUAGAGAGCUGUACGAGAAAAAGAUAGAGCCGAGGAGUUAUAAAUGGAUGAUUAAAAACAUAGUAGAUGGGAAGCACGUUCAUAUUGAUUGGAAGAUGACUUUGCAGUAUAUCAUGAAGAAGCAGUACUUGGAAUCCGAUAGAUGCGAUUUAGCUCUAGGACUAGACGAAUUUUACAACGAACAGUUAGCGAUGAUAAUGGCACAGGACACCCCCUACUUGGAAAUUUUUAACGACCAAAUCAAGAAGCUCCACCAAGUCGGAUUGAUCGAAAAAUGGUUGAAAGAUUAUCUCCCCAAGAAAGACCGCUGCUGGAAAAACAGACACCUCGUCGAAGUAAACAACCACACCGUAAACAUGGACGACAUGCAAGGAAGUUUCUUCGUUUUGUUUCUGGGUUUCCUCCUCUCACUCCUCGUAACCGUCUCCGAAAAACUCUGGCACAAAUACGUAACGAAAAAAAGAAAAAAAAUUAUCCAGCCCUUCACCACGUAGUGAUUUUAUUCAACAAAUCGAUAAAUAAGUGUAAUAAACCCUACAACUACAACAUCCCCGUGAUUAAAAAUGAUGUAAACUUGCAAA